GAGAAUCAAUCGAGAGAGAGAUGGAGAAGGAGAAGGCGGUGAGCGUGAACGUGAGAGCGGAGAUGGAGAAGCUGAGCCCUGAGCAGUUGAAGGCCGUCAAAGAACAAACCGAUUUGGAAGUCAAUCUUCUCCAGGACUCACUCAACAACAUCCGCACUGCCACCGCCCGCCUCGAGAUCGCCACCUCCGCCCUCCACGACCUCUCCCUCCGCCCUCAGGGAAAGAAGAUGCUCGUCCCUCUUACGGCGUCGCUUUAUGUCCCCGGCACCCUCCACGACGCCCACCAAGUCCUGGUCGACGUUGGCACCGGCUACUUCAUCGAGAAAACCAUGCCUCAGGCCAAAGAUUACUGCGAACGUAAGAUCAGCUUGCUCAAAUCUAAUUUUGACCAACUUGUCGAGGUUGCUUCUAAAAAGAAAAGCAUUGCAGAUGAAGCCGGGUCAGUUUUGCAAGCCAAAGUGAAGCAGUUGGCUGCUACGACGUCGCAGGGGUAGAUAAUGUGUUUGUUAUGAUGUUGAAAUGUAGUGGAUUUUGAGUGUGAACGAGUGUUUGUUUUCUUGCCCUUUUAGAUUUCCAGGAUGGAUUUCCCAUCCGGCAUUUAAUCAAGUGAUCCUUUGUGAAUCUGAGAAACACGAUGCUGUUGUGUAGCAGGACGGAACUACUUGAUAGUUGAUUGUUUCAAAUUUUAUCAUAUUUCAGCUGUUGGGGUUAACUUCAA